AAGACAUGUUUUGAAGUUUCGAUUUCGAGAUUUUUUGGUAUCUUAUCCGCGAUAAGAGAUAUAACAAGAUAUUUCGGAAAUACAUAUUUUAAGUUGCAAAUUGCAAUCUGAAAGAGACGAAAAGCGAUGAUUUUGAGGAGGAGAAAAAGAAUUUAGAGCGAUGCUGCUAAAUGGAGUGGGGUCAAUACGGAGGCACAAGGCGAUGAGUUUGUAAAGGAAGGGGUAGUGAAGUUUUUGUAGCCGCAGCGAGUGUGUGUGAACCACGGCGAGUUUGUGAAGGCUGACAAGUUGGCUUCCAGUAUGUAUAGAUAAACCUAUAAGGGUCUUGGAAAAACCAACUCAACUGCCGGAGUUAAAUCACGUUCUUAUCUAAACAUGGCACUGAAAAAGAAAUUCGCAAUAACAGUAUUGUUCCUGCAAAUUUUAUUUAUAAUACUUUUUGCUUUUUUCGUGGAAUAUGGACAACAAGUAGAUGCCAAUCAAGAUAAAUAUCCAAAAGAAGAAAGAGUAGAUCCAGAUGCAAAUGAUUUUCACGCUAUAUAUCCAAUGUUUCAACAUGUUAAUGUAGUAAUAUUUGUUGGUGUGGGCUUUUUAUAUACAUUUCUGAAAAAGUACAGUUUUAUGGGAGUUGGAAUGAAUAUGUUGUUAGCUGCUCUAUCUAUACAAUGGUCUAUCUUCACGCACAAUUGUUGGUCAGCAACUGAAGGAAAAAUUCACAUUGACAUUAGGAGCAUCAUAUGGGCUGAAUUUGCUGCUGCAAGUGCAGUUAUAUCACUUGGAGGAAUAUUUGGAAAAGCGAAUCCCUUGCAGAUGGUAGCUUUUACAAUGAUCGAAACAUUUUUAUACACUACAAAUGAAUAUUUUGUUGUCCACCAUAUGAAGGUAACUGAUCUAGGAGGUGCAGUCUCAUUACAUUUAUUCGCUUCAUUAUUUGGCCUUGCAACAGCUUACACAAUGGAUAAAAAAACGAAUGUACAAAAUAAUAUAAAUGAAGCAUCAAGCUACAGCUCAGACAUAUCAUGCAUGCUUGGGACGGUUUUACUUUGGUGUUUUUGGCCAAGUUUCAACGCGGCAUUAUCAGUGGGGGAUGCUCAACACAGAGCUGUUAUGAACACCUUCUUAGCUUUUACAGCCAGCUGUUUGGCCGCUUUUGCAAUGACAUCCUUAAUGGACAAAAAAGCUAAGUUUACCAUGAGCCAUAUACAAAAUGCAACUCUUGCAGGAGGCGUUGCUGUUGGAGCGACAUGUGAACUGAUGAUACAACCAUUUGGAGCUCUACUUAUUGGAUUGUUGGGUGGAAGCUUAUGCGUUAUAGGAUUCCAUUAUAUGGGGCCUUUUCUAAAACGAAUAAAUAUAAUGGACGCUUGUGCAAUUAACAGUUUACAUACAUUACCUGGAUUUUUGGCUGGACUUACGGGUAUUUUUGCUGCAUUAAUAGGAACAGUUGAUAAUUAUGGUCACAGUUUGUAUCGUAUUUAUCCAGCAAUGGCUCCACCAAUCAAUAGCAACGAGCUAGCUGACUUGCAGGCACAGUAUCCUUAUAUACAGGCAGGAGAAUCGCGGACCCCAGCAAAUCAAGCUUGCUUCCAAGCGUAUUAUAUGAUCGAAUGCAUUAUUGCAGGUAUAAUACUUGGAUUGCUAAAUGGUUUGUUUCUACGAAUGAAAAUGUUCGAUCCCCUGGAAGAGAAGCAACUAUAUUUGGAUGAGACUUUUUGGAACAUGCCGGACAAUGAAAACGGAUAUUCACAAACUAAAUCGAACAUUAUUAAUGUGGAACUAAAUGAUUUAAAAAUGUAAAUAACUGAAUACUGUAAAUAAAUUAUUUUUGUUUUUA